AAGCAACAUAGAAAACUGAGUAUGCAGCAAAUCCUUAUCCUCUACGUCAAUCGCAGGGAAAAACCAUCUCAAAUCAGACAAGAACACGCACAAGUUACAACACGCACAAGUUACAUAUAUUCUCCCUCGCUCUCAAACCCUUCCACUCACAGCCCAGGUUGCUAGAGCCAGUCGUCUUCCUCCUCCAGCCCAGGUGUAGAGCAUUCGGAGAGCUCAAGUUUGCCUUGUCCUCUCCUCGCAGAGUAGAAGAAGCUCUUGAAAGCCGCAACACCAACCACCAGGAAUCAAACCGAGGGGAGGAAGCUCAGAGGUCGACAGCCGUGAAGGCCUGAGCACAUCACCCGCAACGGCGUGGAGAAGAAGAUGAUCCCUUUCAUAAAGAUGAAACGCUCCCUCCACUAGAUGAUGCUCUGCAGCGGGAGCUCACCCAAGGCACCAAUGGAUCUGCAACGCGGCGGCUGGGCGCGGCGGGCCGGCACCGCCGGCGGCAAGGCGGAGUCGGAGCAGAGGAAGCUGCGGCGCGUGAGGCUCCCCUUCUGGUCCUGCCCCCCGAACCGGCCUCCAGGCACCUGAGCGCCUGCCUCGUGUCUCCCUCUCCUUCCUCUUUCCUCGGUGCUCUUCGUCCACUUCUCCAACAAGCUCCUCGGUCUAGUAGCCGCCACGACGACAUGGCUCUGCUUUUCGUGUGAUCUCGUCGUGAGCCUGCCUGAUUCCCACCCACGGUCCCUGCCUUGCCGGGGCGGCGGCCUCGGGAGAAGAGGAGGGCUCGUGUCCGGGCCGUGUCCUCGAUCGGGAACCAGGGCGUUGGUCUCGCCGCCGCUUGCCUUGCCUUGCCUCCCUGUCUGUCUCGCCGCCGUUCCUUGCCGGAGCUUGCGAGGCCUUGGGGAACAGGGGUGGGUGCUUGGGCUUGGCUCCCUCCGAUCCUGUCGCGUGUUCUUGGCUCCUCUUGUGACCGGACCGCAAGUUCUUGGGUGCGGGAGCUGUCUUGUCCGUGCUGAUCGAUCCCUUGGGAGUUGGAACAAGCAGCAACCGCUCUUGCAGUGCGUUGUUGGGAUUGCGAUCGAGGAAACAGGGGGCUUCUUCUUUAUAUCCUGAUCGCCUUCUCCUGUCCUGCGGCGUGUCAGCUCAAGAAGCCUGUGUGCAAACUGCUCUGACUUCUGAGUUCGUCAAGUUCCUGGCACACUGCUGCAUUUUUCUUCGCCGGCAAAAGUUGGUCCAGCGUUGCAGCUGAACUGUUAUGUUCUUGUGCCGUCGCUCUGCUGGAAGGUGUUGACGACGGCAUGGACUCUGUACCCUUUGGUGACACGGAGCUCUUCGACGGGUUCUACGGCGGUUUCAGCGGCCAUGGAUACGAUGAGUAUGGACUUGGCCAGCUGGUGGGCGCGUCGACGUCGCAUGUCCCAUUGGACGGCGGCGGAGCGGAGGAGGUGGACGGCGCUGCCGCCGCCUCCACGGAGCUGCUGCUGGAGGCGCCGAAGCGGAAGGGAGACCACCGGUCCGAGAAGGCGGCGAUGGCGCUCAAGAGCCACAGCGAGGCGGAGCGGCGGCGGCGGGAGAGGAUCAACGCGCACCUCGCCACGCUCCGGACCAUGGUUCCCUGCACCGACAAGAUGGACAAGGCCGCGCUGCUCGCCGAGGUCAUAACGCACGUCAAGAAGCUCAAGACCAGCGCGGCGCGCAUCAGGAGCCACUGCGCCGUCCCGGCCGACGCGGACGACGUCGCCGUCGAGCUGGUGCCGGCCCCGGACGCGGCGGUGGCGUCCCCGCCACCGUCCCACGGCGGCGGCCUCCUCGUAAAGGCCACGCUCAGCUGCGCCGAAGGCGCCGACGUGUUCGCCGACGUCAAGAGCGCGCUGCGGCCGCUGAGGCUGAGGGUCGUCGGGUCCGAGGUCACCACGCUGGGCGGCCGCGUCCUACUGACCUUCCUCAUGUCGCCGCCGCCGGCCGGCGACGUGGGCGGGCUCGCCGAGUCCGUGCGCCAGGCGCUCCAGUCCGUGCUGGACAAGGCCAGCUCCGCGCUCGAGUUCGCGCCGAGGGCGUCGCUCCUCAACAAGCGCCGGAGGGUCUCCACGUUCGAGUCAUCAAGCUCCUCUUCUUGAGCUAGCUAGCUAGUACUCAAGUUACGUUUUGGUUGGGUUUGCAGCUGCAGUGCUUGUGUUAGUAAUUCACCUUUUUAUUUGCUACCUUAAUUAUUUACACGAGCAUUGUUUCGAUCGAUCUCUGCGAGCUUAAUUACUCUACUUUGUAAGAGCUAGCAUCGAUCACUCCCGACCGGCACGCUGUAAUUUAAUUUAGAGUACUUUGUAAGAACAUCACAAUGCAAGAGACUGCUUCAUAAUUGUUGGUA